AUGGAGGACCUAAACGGCUUGAGCUGGUCCUCCGACUCCAAUAAUCCAAAUAAACCCCCACCUAUGAGCUCUGGAUAUUUAUUUCCGGCUAUGCCAUCAAAUGGUGGCUCCGGCAGGUCUACCCCGUUGUCCACCACCACCUCCAACCGCUCAAGUUCUCCAGCGAAGCCCGCCACAUCUACCGGAGACAGUUUCGCAAAGCUGGUCUCAUUUAACUCUGCGGCUGGGAACAAGAAUCUGUCGCUUAUGGAACAACAGCAGCGUCUGCAGGAGGAAAGGGCCAAGAAGGAAGCCGACAACCGCAGUCGACUCGAAUCGCAAUACGGUGGUCAGAACAACCAGUUCUGGGACAAGCUUGAACAGGGACGCACACAGAGCCCCGCCAGUAUCCCGACAUCGCGAUCCGUGCCACCACCCGCGGAUGAAGAUGAUAUCCUCGGUGCAUUUAGCGCUGAUGCGCCAGUGGACGCCUCUACUCAUUUCCCAAUACCCAUCUCCGCGAGAGCGUCGCCCCAAAUCGGUACAAACAAUCGUCCAGAGCCCCCCAGCGGAGGAAUCUCUAUGCAGGAUAACACAGGGGGGAUGGAUGCUUUCGAUGACGACGAUCCAUUCGGGCUCAAUCAAUUGAAGCCCAAAUCUGCACCUGCUCCCCCUCCUGCACAAGGUGACGACGAUGAUUUCCUCGGUUUACUUGGAAAGCCGGUAUCAGAGAUUCCUCGGCAACCAACUCCUGUAUCUGCGACUCUAUCUGAUCGUGACCGAGAGCAUGAUACAUCUCCCAUGCCUUCCAACGACGCCGAUCGAGCUAUUGCGGAGCUGGUGGACAUGGGAUUUCCUGCGGAUAAAGCUCGCCGAGCUCUUCAAACAACAGAGUCCGGGACCGAUGUACAGGGGGCUGUUGGUUGGCUUCUUACUCAGGCCCACUCCGAAUCUCGGCAGAAGACUGAAGGACGCAGCAGUGCUCGCCCUAUUGACCAUUCUGAGAGAAGUGACAGCCGUAAUCGCGACAGACCCUCCUGGAUGAUGGAAGAAAGGAACGACUCUCGUUCGCGCGAUAGACGGAGCCCAGCAUCGGCUGACAAAGACCCUGCCCAAGUGGCUUCCCAGUUUGGCAACAACCUGCUGAAACAAGCUGGUUCGCUUUGGAAGACUGGUAGCAAGAAAUUCCAACAAGCUGUGAAUGAGUUCAACACCGAACAUGACUCCAAUCAGCCACGUUGGAUGAGAGAUGGGUCUUCUUCACACGACGAGCCCCCUCUACAGCCGCAGCGCCCGGGUCGUCGUGAGCAGUCAGCUCAAUCCCACGCGCCGCCGGAGGAUUUCACAAACGAAGCCCUCCUUCUCGAGUCUGGCGACGGCCGUCCUCGUAAACCUACUCGCCCUCGUGAAAGCCCACAAUCCGACCUGAGAAACUUGCCUCGAAACGAGCAGCCCCCCGGCGCAGUUCAACCAAGGCAGCAAGCAAAUUUCCUUCAACGUCCAUCCCGACCAAGCUCCCAGGAUCCCAGAGCUCGAGUUUCUAGGUUCGCCGCAGAAGAGCAACAGGCACAAGCCUAUGUCAGCCCUGCGAGACGCAAGCGGCCCCAGGCGCCAGCACCUCCUUCUGAACCUGCGGUCGAUCUGUUUGAUUCUCCUGCUCCUACAGCUAGUCGUUCGAAACCAUCUCCUCCUGUACAGACUGCCACUCCCCCGGCACGUUCGGCCUCCAUCCCCGUACGUCCGAAAGCCCCAACUAGAGCCAUUCCUCCAGUAUCCGAACAGGCGCUUCAAUCGACACAACGCCACCGCGGAAAGGCCGCAGAGUCCUAUAAGCGGGGUGACUAUGCAGAAGCGCACCAAAGCUUCUCCACUGCUCUCGGCAUGCUUCCUGAUAAGCACCCCAUUACCAUCAUAAUCCGCAGCAACCGUGCCAUGACGGCUCUGAAGAUUGGCGAACCCAAGUCCGCCGUCGAUGAUGCCGACAUCAUCCUCACCUUCAUUGGCCCAUCCAAGGGUGAAUCGGAGACAAUCGAUCUAGGCAACGGCGAGGCGCCCAAGCCGAUGAAAGACUUCUACGGCAAAGCCUUGAUGCGCAAGGCCGAAGCACUUGAGCAACUCGAACGCUGGGUCGAUGCAGCCCAAGCAUGGAAAGAGGCCGUGGAGUCCGGCCACGGCGGAAGCACCAGUAUCCAAGGCCGGAAUCGAUGCGAGAAAGCCGCUGGUACCAGCAAGCCUCAAUCUCAGCCUGCAGCCCCCAGAAAGCGACCCAGCCCUGCUCCCAAGAAAACAUCCGCUUUGUCGGAUCUCACACCCACUUCUGUGUCUGGGACAGACUUUGAAGCUGUCAGUCGUUUACGACAGGCUAACCAGGCCGCUGAACGAGCCGACGAGGAAAAGUUCGCUCUUUCUGAGAGUGUUGAUGCGAGAAUCGCCACUUGGCGCAACGGCAAGCAGGAUAACCUGCGCGCACUGCUGGGUAGCUUGGAUACUGUGCUGUGGCCUGAGGCUGGGUGGAAGAAGAUCGGCUUGUCGGAGCUGGUGUUGCCGAAUAAGGUUAAAAUUCAGUAUAUGAAAGGGAUUGGCAAGGUGCAUCCUGAUAAGAUCUCCACUACUGCCACUACUGAACAACGCAUGAUUGCGGGAUCGGUGUUUGGAACUCUCAAUGAAGCCUGGGAUAAGUUUAGGGUCGAGAACAAUCUCUGA